AUUAAUAUAUGUAAAUGCAUUGGGAUGUCUUUAAAGUUAAACAUCACAUCUUGAAGACAGUUGAAAUUGAAUGCACUUCCAUUUAUUAUUAUCUGUAACUUUUUGGGACAUUCUGAAGGAUCUUGUCUGUUUUUAUAAAGCAGGGAAUUGGGAAUUAACUAAUUGGGAAAUAACUGGUGUCUACCUGCUUAUUUCAGCAUGUGUUAACAAGUUCUAUAAAAAAGGAAAAUUACUCGGCCAAGGAGGAUAUGGCUCUGUGUACGCAGGGAUCCGCAUAUCUGAUGGACUGCCGGUGGCCCUCAAAUAUGUCAGGAAAGAUGACGAUGAAGAACUGCAGCUGCCUGGAAUGGAAAUGCCCAUGCCCAAGGAAGUCGGACUGUUUCAGAUGGUUAACACCCCAUCGAGUCAUCCCAACAUCCUGAAACUCUUCGACUGGUUCGAUAGACCUGCUUCAUAUGUAAUGGCAAUGGAGCGUCCAGACCCCUGCAAGGACCUGUUCACGUACUGCCAGGAACAGGGGGGUGUGCUGGAUGAGGACCAGGCGCGAAGUGUGACCGGGCAGCUGCUUGGGGCGCUACAGCACUGCCACAAUCAUGGAGUGGUUCACCGCGACGUGAAGCCCGAGAACAUCCUGAUCCAGACAGACACAAAGGAGAUCAAACUGAUCGACUUUGGGUGUGGGGACCCACUGAAGCACACUGCAUACAACGAAUUCUCUGGGACCCCCGAAUUCCUGCCAGUUGAAUGGUUUGAAAAAGAACAGUUUCUGGCGGGCCCUGGGACUGUGUGGUCAGUGGGUGUGACCCUGUAUAACAUCGUCUGCGGUAACGAUCCCUUCACUACGUACACCAGCAGGGAAAUGCGGCACGUGGAGUUCUGUGCAGGGCUGUCAUCAGGGAUCAAGGACUUCAUUCUGUGCUGUUUGAGGCCCCGGGCAAAAGACCGGCCCACCCUGGAGCAGCUACAGUGCCACCCCUGGCUCCAGCAGUCCAGCCGAGUAUAGCGUGUGGAUGCACCCCACAGUCAGCUGGGUGUGGCAGUGAGGCAAAGACAAGUGUUAUUUAAUUUUUCCCAUUGGAGAUAUAUUUUAAUCCCCAUCAACAUGUCCCAUCGUUGCAAUGUCCUCCCGUCAGUUCUGGAGGGUUUUACAAGUGCAGGAAAAUCUCGUAUGAGGACGUCGUAUGACAUUUUGAUUUUCACUCAGUGUGAUAUGCUACAACAUGUUUGUGACCGAGGUGGUCUUAUCCAAGCAGAAUCAAGGGUUUAUGGCUGCAUUAGGGUCUGACAUGGUGAUUGGCUGGCAGCAUAGCUAUUCAGAGGAUGUCAUUUGGUUUCCAGCAUGGUGAUUGGCUUGCAGUGUAACAAUUUGUGGGAUGCCGUUUGUCGUCCGAUGUGAUUAGCUGACAGUAUAACCAUUUGAAUGAUGCCUCGUGUCCAGCAUGUUGUUUGGCUGACAGUGUAGCCAUUUUUAGGAUGUCAUUUGGGGUCAGAUAUGGUGAUUAGCUGGCAGGAUAACCAUUUUUAGAAUGUCAUUUGAUGUUCGGCAUGGUGAAUAGCUGGCAGCAUAGCCAUUUGGAGGAUGUCAUUUGGUGUCUUGACUUGUGAUAGGCUGGCAGCAUAGCCAUUUGUAGGAUGUCAUUUGAGGUCAAAUAUGCUGAUUUGAUGGGAGGAUAACCAUUUGGAGGUUGCCAUUUGAUGUCUUGACAUGGUGAUUAGCUGGAAGGAUAACCAUUCGGAUGCUUUGUGAUUUGCUGGCAGCAUCGCUAUUUGGAGGAUGCUAUCCGGGGUAAGGCUGGCACCGUAUGUUUUUGGAGAAUGCCAUUUAGAGUACAGCAUUGUGUCUUCCUGAAAGCCACUGGGAGGAAAGAAGACUGGAUGAAGAAAUGGGCGGCUGGACAGAAAACAUGGCUACUUGCAACAAGGACCAAAAAGAGUGCUACAGUUUACAGUAUGAAACGGUAUCAGCAUUUACCCCUGGAGAAAUCCUGACUACGUUACAGGGAUAGUCUCCCCUUUUUUGGAAAUUUGCUUUUUGGCUAACUUACAUUGCUUGUUGAUACGAUCUUCCAAUUUCAUCCCUAUGAGUCCAGUAUAAAAAUAUUAGACUAUAUAUCUAGGGAUGCACGGUAACUUGUCCUACCUCUAUUAAUGGCUGCAGAUGGAAGCAAUGUUAGCUCUGCUAAGCGAAAUAAUACAAGCCUGAGUUGGGGUUGCCAGGUAUGUGUGCCUUGACUGUGUGACCUUUUGCUGCCACUGCAGCCAAUAGUAUUCCAUACCUGACAACCCACACUUCCAGGUUGUGCUGCACAGCUACUAAUCACUGCACCCAGUGGAUGGAUGCAUGAUUAGUUGUCAUAGUUCUGAUUUUAGCUGCCUCUAAAAUACUGAGAUCUCUGUUUUUAUUUUUAGUCGUUAUGAACUCACAAGGUGCAAGAGUAAAUAACUCAGCUUUCGGUGAUGCUGGAAAGUGUAUUUCCAUCACUAAUUAGCAAAGCUAACGUUGCUUCUGCCUGCAGUCAUUCGUAGAGGCAGCACAGUUAGUAUGCAGCUUGUAGAUAUUGUCUAAUAUUUUUGUACUGGACAAACAGGGAUUAAAUUAGUACCGAUCUUAUCAUCUAACCGGCAAAAUUGGCCGAUAUUCAAAUUUCCCAAAAAGUUGGGACUAUUCCUUUAAUGCCAACUGACCGGAGACAGGCAUUGACCCACGAUUGGCCGUAGCAUCACCCAGGGAAGGACCAUCCUAUGACCGCCCUAUUGAGCCUGCCUGUAGCUGGUUGCAAACACAGGACACAUCUGUCUAGUGCACACCCUCUAGUUGGACAUUACAGCGAUGGGAUGUGCUUAAAAUCAUGAUGGGGAUUUUUUUAAAUCAAUCAAUCAAUCAAUCAAUAAAUUUGAACGAUGUAAACAUUGACUGACUGACCAUGUUUGUCACCAAUCUACACCCUGAGCCGACCAGAGGAGGAUGGGUUUCCCUCAUAUGCCUGGUUCCUUCCGAGGUUUCUUCCCAUCUGCCACAGGGAGUUUUUCCUCGCCACUGUUGCUUUAGGCUUGCUCCUGUGGGGGUUUAGGCCAGGCUUGUCUGUGAAGCGUAUUGCGACAAUUGCUGUGAAAUACGCUAUAUAAAUAAAAUUUGAUUGAUUGAU